AUGGCGGACGCUGCGCCCGACGACGAUGGCGAUGCGACUGCUACCUCGCCCAAGCACAUGGAGGCAGACGAAGCGAAUCUGCCAAGCGCCGUCUCGAUCCAUGAGGCCAUCCGCAUGGUCGGCUACGGACGCUUCCAGCGGACGCUCCUCGUUGUCUCGGGGCUCAUGUUCAUGGCCGAUGCAACCGAAGUCAUGCUGCUCUCGUUCCUUCAGGUGCUCGUGAAGGACGAGUGGCACCUGAGCUACGCACAGGAAGCCGGCAUCACGGCCGCGGUCUUUGCCGGCGAGCUGCCCGGCGCGCUCUUUUGGGGCUACUUUGGCGACAAGUACGGGCGGCGCAUGGGCUUUCUCUGGUCCGCGCUCUGCAUUGCGAUCUUUGGCGUGCUCUCCGCCUUUGCGACCAACGUCUACUACCUCAUGGCGUGUCGGGCCGUCGUCGGCUUUGGCGUCGCCGGAUCACUUGUUCCGUUCGACCUCAUGGCCGAGUUUCUGCCCGACAAGGAGCGCGGGCGCAUCCUCCUCUACUUCCAGCUCUUCUGGACGGUUGGCAUUGGCUUCGUUGCCGUCUUGGCGUGGUCGGUCCUCGACCGCCUCGGAUGGCGCUGGCUCACAGGUCUCUGCGCCACGCCACUCGUGCUCGUGCUGGCGUCGUUUCCGUGGAUGCCAGAGUCGCCCAAGUGGCUCUGCGAUCAGAUGCGCUUUGACGAAGCCCUCGUCGUGCUGCGCAUGACGGCGUGCCUCAACGGCACCGAGCUCGAUCCGACUCUGAGCUUGCGUCCGAUGGAGUCGACCAAGUACAACAAGCACCGAGGCGUCCAAGAGCUUUGCGGGCCCGUACUGCGGCGCACGUCGAGCAUGCUCUUCCUCAUUUGGUUUGGCUUUGGGCUUGCCUACUAUGGUAUCAUCCUGCUCUUCCCGCGCCUGUUUGCGCAGUCGUCGUCGUCGUCACGCGAGACGUUCAACUACAUGAGCAUCUUCCUCGCUGCACUCGCUGAAGUCCUUGGUGUUCUCGGCACGAUCGCUGUCGUUGACCGCUGGGGUCGUCGAGGCACUCAGAUCGUAUUGUAUGGUGUGGCUGCAGCCGCCGUGCUCGCAUCGGCCGCCGAGUGGAGCUUAUGGCUCUUGACGUUGCUUGCGAUGCUUGCACGGGCAGCGAUCAUGGGUGCGUCCAGCACGACGUGGCUGGCGACGCCCGAGGCGUUUCCAACGCAUGUGCGUACCACGGGCCAUGGUAUUGCCAGUGGCAUGGCUCGCAUCGGAGGGUUCCUCACACCCUUCUUGGCAGACGCGCCCGGCAUGACCGUCGAGUACAUCUGCGGCAUCUACGGCAUCGUGCUUGCCUUCACGGCGCUUGCUGCGUGCGGCCUCCCGUCUGAUCCGAGAGAUCCCGAUGACAUUGCGCUCUCGACCGAGCUCCAAGGACUCACGACGACGGAAGAAAGCAGUUCCACCAACAUCACUUCGAGCAGUGACGAUUUGUGA